CAGGCCGCAGGCGGGGGAGCGCGGCGGGCUCGGGCUCAUGCGGGGUGCGGGCACGGGCUCCCCGGUGGCUGGUUGAACAUGCCCGAGGGAAGCUGCACAGGAGAUGCUGAGAGUCUCCCGGGGGACAGACGAGCGGGCGCUCGUCAAAAUACACCUUGCGGCCGUCCCGCGGGCUGUAAAACAUACGGUCGUGCGCGUCCGUGCACCACAGCGUGUCCCGUGGCACGCGGGUGCCUGGAAGCCUCCCGCAACAGCUCCCGAGCGGGACGCCGACGAGCGCGAGUGCCCCCGCGCGGCGUGGGUGCGGCGGAGACCUCGCGGGAGCGUGCGCCCGCCCGCCCGCCCGGGGCCGCGAGGGACUCAUACGGGACGUGCAGCUGACGCCCCCGAGCCCGGCGCUGCAAUCCAGAGGAAAUCGCCCUGCGUCGGGAGCCGGGGUCCGUCCGGACGUUCACACACGAUAGGAUCCGUGCGGUCGCGUCGCCUGCCGCGCCCUGCCCUGCCUGGGAGCUCCCGCGGGGCUCCCGGGUGCGCGCCGCGUGCAAAUUACAGCUGGAUACAAACCGGCUAUCAAGUCGUUAAUGCGUGUUCUAGCUGUCACCCAUGGCUGUUUUGCGUGUGUAGCUGGUCUAGGUCAAUUGCACGGUUGACCGAGUCAUCGUAUAAUGUACAUAACACGUAGAGGGGGGCUAGAGUCAUUAGGAAGGUGCCUAGUCAUCUGCUUUUGCGGUAUAAAUAUGCCAAGGGACGACCUCAGGACCUAGGUGAACAACUUUUCAGAAAAGCGCCCCCACCCCUCGGGAAGACGCGGACAAACGGACACGAGCUAAUCGAGGAACAGUUUCGGCUGGACGUAAGGAAAAACUUCGCUGCUGUCCGGGUCGCUAGAACCUGGAACGCGCGUCCAGCGGCGGUGGUGCAGUCGAGUCGCUGUCUCUGGCGGUCUGUAAGAGGAGACCGGACAAAUAGCUCGCUGAGCUCGUCGGAGCCCAGUUCCCCCCUGCCCCUGGCAGGGAUCCCGACGUGGUGAUCUUAUAGGUCCCUCCAGGUCCUUCAUUCUGUGGUUCUGUGCUCAUAAUGCCCCCGUCUCGGCAGCCAAGUGCCUGCUCUCUGCCUAAGCCUGACUGAUGCCAUGUGUCCUUUGCCCAAAGCCCUGUGGGGGGGCUCUGUCAGGUAGGUGUUCACAGAGCACGUGUAACACACUGACACAAGUUGUAGUUGUGACCACUUCUCUACUACACAGCUAUGGGAAGAGGCAGUCGUGCAAGUCGCCUGCGUACCUAAAGCUUAGAGAGCAUUCCUCUGAUAUGGGAGACAUGGGUUAUAUUCCUUAGUCUGGGGGGGAUUCAAACCCACAGCUCUCCCCACAAAAGAGUGCUAUAACCACAAGGUGAUGGCUAUUCUGGGAAGAAAAUUAAGUUACAUGGUCCUUAAAUAAAAUUCAGAAAUUGCUCUUGGAGCAGGAACAAAAAAGCCUGCGUCUCCUUGAGCACCCAGCGGAGUGCCUUGGCCCCAAAGCUGCAAAGUCAUGGUUCUUGAUCCAGGAAAAGCGCACACCAGCUGCAGGUGCUUCCUCAACCUGAUGAAGGGUAUUUAUACCGAAAGCUGGCUAAGAAGAAUUCCUCCAACUGCCGGGGGUUUGGAACAGGCUCCCCACAGAGGUGGUGCGGUCACCCACCCUGCAUGAUCUUCAGAAAGCGUCUUGAUGCCCAUCUUGCUGGGGUCGUCUGAUCCCAGCUGUCUUUCCUGCCCACGUGCAGGGGGCUGGACCCGAUGAUCUGUAAGGUCCCUUCCAGCCCCUAGCAGCUAUGAAACUGUUUGAGUUGGUCUAAUGAAAGAGAUUGGAUUCACCCAAAGAACCUUGUCUGCCUGUGUCCUUAGACCAACACAGCUACAACCUACACCCCUGGUUCUUGGGAUCACGCUUUCGUUCUUUCCGGGGUAUUAAUUCUUGCAUUCUUUGCUGCACGGUGGCAGAGCCUCAGCUGGGGGACUGGAGAGUUUCCCCAGUCAGAGCAGCCAUAGUCUGCUGGUUUUGGUAUUCACUGGGGGUGAGGACAGUCUGUAGCUCCACCAGUUCCUGGGUGAGUGCACUAAUCACUAGCGGUUAGGAUGGGCACUGUGGUACUUCCACCACUUCCUCAAGGUCCAUUUUAAAACAAAAGGCCAGCCAGCCCCUGCUCUGUCCUUUCACGAGUGGAUGCCAAUCUGGAGUGGAUUCUGAGUGGAGGUGCUGGGCUAGAGCCCUGAGUCAAGCACCUAAGCCUGGGGGAAAAAGGGCAUUUCAGACGCACCGGAACCCAGGAAAAUAGUCCCCAUUUUGGGCUGACCCUUCUUGAACAGUGUCCUUUUGAAAGCCUUUCCCUUAAAAACUGCAAGAGCCUUUUGAUAUGAAGAUUAGGGCUCAUUACAGAUCAUUUCAUGCUCUGCCUGGUCUUAGUCUCAUAGGAGGACUAUUUUCUGCUGUGCUUUACUGAGACUAGAUUGGCUCAAUGAAGCUGCUCGAAGCAGCAUAGAAAACACACUUCUACAUUUAGAGCGUGGAAUCAGUGCCCGAUGUAAGCUCACACGACAAACAAGCUCAGGUCUCUGACUUGCAUCCUGUGCUUAUUACAGAUGUCACCGAAACCUAUAGAAUUUCAGUAUUGCAUUUGGCAUCCUUGGCCCAGCGAGGCACACCAGGAACAGAAAUGUGGAGCAAACUUUGCCUUUAUUGGCUGUUUUGGGGUGACAAGCUGGUUCUUGUAAAAGCGGUGUGAAAGCGGAAGAGGCCAAGAGGCCGCUGGAGCCAUGGAUCUUCCCAAUUACAGCAGACAGUUGCUACAACAGCUGUACGCUCUCUGCAAAGAACAGCAGUUCUGUGACUGCACCAUCUUUAUUGGAACUGUGCAUUUCAGAGCGCAUAAGCUUGUGCUUGCUGCUGCCAGUCUGCUCUUUAAGUCUGUGCUGGAUAGCACAGACACCAUCUCCAUUGAUGCUUCUGUGGUGGCUCCCGAUGAGUUUGCUCUCCUACUAGAAAUGAUGUAUACUGGCAAGCUCCCGCUUGGCAAACACAACUUUACCAAAGUCAUUUCUGUGGCGGACAGUCUGCAGAUGUUUGACGUGGCCGUUAGCUGCAAAAACCUCCUCAGAGACCUCAUCAGCUGUUCUGCUCAGGAGCAGGUAGUGAGGGACACCUCUGGUCUGACCGAGCCAUCUGGAACUAUCGAACCUAGUGAUUCAGCCCAAACCAAAAGCCCUCCUGCUGAUGGUAUGACAGAGGCUCAGCCUCCAGAAGAGGUUGCAGUGCCUCCUGGCCCCGCAGAAUCUGAAGUGGAAGCUGUCACCUCUGCCUCUGUGCAGGACGUUACCAUGAAUCACACCUUCAUGCAGGAGGAGGUUCUGGAAGAGGAAAACCCAAGUGACUCCAAAUCCCUUGAUGAGGAUGCGCAUGCCCCUGCUGACCCCCAAUCUCCUGCUAGACUGGAGAGCUGUGAAGAAGUGGUUGCUGAGCCUCUGGAGAAGGAAGAAAGAGUUGGUGAUUCAGAGUCAGGGAGCAAAAGCUGUGAACUGGAUUUCCUGCUUCAGUAUGAAAAUGUUUUCUCAGAGGCCCUUUCUGACACCCCGGCUGUGCUAAAGAGACUGCACGAGUGUGGAGAACUUGACAUCUCUCAGAAGGAGGCACUAGUGGCAUGUUUGGAAGGUGCAGGAGAACAGUCAGGAUUCAAGACACUGCUCAGCAAGGUGAGGGAUGAGCAGAGCCUGGAUGCUCAGACUGUCGUGUCCAUGCUGAAGCUGUUUCAAGACACCUAUCCCAAGAUAAAAGCAGUGCUGCUGGAAAGAGAGCAGAACAGUGGAGAGAUCCUGCAGCAAACAGAGAACACAGAACAGGGAAAGACCCUGUCUGCUCUGUUGGUGGAAUGCAGGGAGGAGUUGAUCCAGAGCAUAACACAGCUGAGCCCCAUCAUCCAGUUCCUCAAAACAGCAGAGGAAGGAUUCCUGACGAGCUUGGAGAAGCAGGUGAUUCUGGAUUGCUGUGAAGGCAGCUCCCAGGAGGUGGGGGCAAUGGAGAAUCUGCUUAGGAAGGUGGUGGAAGAGAAGACCCUGAAAGCUGAGAGCUUGGUCAAACUACUUGGGGCUGUAAAAGCAGCAUUUCCUGAUCUGCACCUUCUGCUAGACAAUUUGGCGGCAGCAGCAGUUGUGUCUGAGAACAAAGCCAAAUGGAGCCCAGAGGAUUAUGGGACUGAACUAUUAAGACAAUAUCAAGAAAACUUUGCAGAGCUCUUGAAAGAUUCCCAGAUAUUGCUGCAAGGGAUCUCAAGUGCACAAAACAUAGCUCCUGGAGAGAAAGAGGUAAUGGAACGGAUAGUGAAGCACGCAGCUGGCGUGGGUGGUUUCAGCGCGCUGGUCUCCGCAGCGCUGGAAGGCCAGGCUCUGUCUGCGAGUACCGUUUGGCAGCUGCUGUUGGAACUGCGAGAGGCAGAAUAUCCACUGAAUGCGCUCAUCGACGAAAUUCAGAAGGAGCCAGGUGCAGACCUUUUUUUCAAAACAGUGGCUACCAGUGAAAGUACAGCCAUCAAGAUAAUACUGAGACACAGCGAGCUGAUCUCAGAGGCCAUCAAGCAGAGAGCGGGACUUGAGGACUUGGCUCCAGGAGAAGUGGGUCUCACAGAAGCAGUAAAAGAGCUACUAAGCAUUUCCUCUCAGAAGGAAACUUCAGAGGCCUCCUUGAAAGCAUUUCUGAACACAGCACAGGAGAAGUCUGUUCCCGCCAUCAAGAUCUGUCAGUUGUUAUGCAGCGUUCAUGAGUCUUUCCCAGGUCUACAGCCAGUGAUGCAGGAGCUGGGACAUGUGGGGCUCCUGACGGAGAGAAGCGGGGAGAAGCCUGGGAUCAGGAAGUGGAAGGUGAACAGUGAAUCGCAGAUUGAAGCCAUGGACAAAGAGGAGGAGAAGGCUGGGGGUGCAGGUCCCAAGGAACGAGAGGAAACCCAUGAGAGCGCUUCCUCCAAGAAGAGCUUUGUCUGCAAAGCCUGUGACAAGAGUUUCCACUUCUACUGCCGUCUGAAGGUGCACAUGAAGCGGUGUCGCCUGGCCAAAGGAAAGCAGGUGCAGUGCAAGGAGUGCAAUGAGGUCACGAGCACCAAGAAGGAGCUAGAAAAGCACCAGCUGGAGGUGCACGGAGUUGCAGGGCCGGCCAAAAAGAGAAAGAAGAGACUCCCGGUGACAUGUGACAUCUGCGGAAGAGAGUUUGCUCAUGCCUCAGGAAUGCAGUACCACAAACUUACCGAACACUUUGAUGAGAAGCCCUUCUCUUGCAAUGAGUGCGGUGCCAAGUUUGCUGCUAACUCGACGCUGAAGAACCACAUGCGGCUGCACACAGGGGACCGCCCCUUUAUGUGCAAGCACUGCCUCAUGACCUUCAUGCAAGCCUCUGCCCUUGCCUAUCACACCAAGAAGAAGCACUCCGAGGGGAAGAUGUAUGCCUGCCAAUACUGUGACGCAGUGUUUGCACAGUCCAUUGAGCUGUCUCGCCAUGUGAGGACUCACACUGGAGAUAAGCCAUAUGUCUGCAGGGAGUGUGGGAAAGGAUUCAGACAGGCCAACGGGCUCUCCAUCCACCUACGAACCUUCCACAACAUCGAAGACCCCUAUGAUUGCAAGAAGUGUCGGAUGAGCUUUGCCACCUUGCAGGAGCAUCGCAAACACAUUCAUGAGGUCCACUCCAGGGAGUACCACCCCUGCCCUACCUGUGGUAAAGUCUUCAGUGCUCCAUCCCUGCUGGAACGUCACAUGGUGACCCACGUAGGAGGGAAGCCGUUCAGCUGUGAGAUCUGUGACAAAGCCUAUCAGCAACUGUCAGGGUUAUGGUAUCACAAUCGGACCCAUCACCCUGAUGUCUUUGCAGCCCAGAAUCACCGCUCAUCCAAAUUCUCAUCGCUGCAGUGCAGCUCCUGUGACAAAACCUUCUCCAGCACGACUGCCCACAGAAAACAUGUCAAGACAGAGCAUGCAGAUAUGAAGUUCCACGAGUGUGAGAAAUGCAAGGAGCUGUUCCCCACACUGGCUCUCCUGCAGGUCCACAUCAAGUGCAGGCAUUCAGGGUCACAGCCAUUUUGCUGUUUGUACUGUUCAGCCUCCUUCCGCUUCCCAGGGGCCUUGCAGCAGCACGUCACUGCUGAGCACUUCAAGCAGACAGAGAGCACUUUCACUUGUGGACUGUGUGGAGAGCUCUUCCCCACUCAGGAGCAGCUGGAAGGUCACUACAGAGCUGAGCAUCCCAAGGUGCUGUUUGCAGAAGCUCAGGCCACCACCACGCAGAUUGUGCAGGUUAUUCAGACAGCAGAACAAGGAGCAGAAGGAGAGCAUGUGAUCACCUUGGAUGAGGCCGAGCUUGCUGGAUCCCAGGUCUUUGUGACGUUGCCAGAUUCCCAAGCUAGCCAAGGUGGCUCGGAGCUCGUGGCAGUGACUAUGGAGGAUCUGUUUGAUGACAAAGUCACUCUGAUUUGUGAAGAAACAAAAUGAGGUAGCCUGGAGCACCUGUGUGAUGCAUCCAGAAUUGCUUGGCCACCUCCUCAGCCAUUACCAUCCACGUGUACCACUUGGGCCAUGAGAUGCAGACUUAUUCCAGGAAACUACUGGGAUUUGUGACACUGGCAAAAGAAGUGAGGGGCUGCAAGCACAGCAAUCCCAAGAACAUGGGAGAUCAGCAGUGGGAACUCUUUGGGAGUCAUGGAGCCAGGGUGGCUUCUUUCCCUAGCAUGAGUGGUGGGCAGCAGCUGGUGCUUCUGAAUGAUCUGGGCCACAUGUCCUCUCCAGCCCCAGGAAAACAGCUUGUGCAAGAGGAAAAGGAGAUAAAUGAUGCACAGCCAAGCAAAGGCCUAGCAAGGGCAGAGCUGGGGAGAGACGGGGGAAAUUCCAGGGGCAGGAGAGGCAGGGAAUCAUACACAGAAUCAGAGGUGUUGGUGUAGGGCAGCAGAGCAAGGAACAGAUGAACAUUUGUCCAGGAGGAAGUCACCUUGAAGGUGAUCUAAGCUGCGCUGCGAUGAGGAGGACAGAUGCCCCUGGAGGAGGCGCAGCAUGAAAAGGCCGGGCACAAGCUGGGCGAAUGCUUGCAGGAGCGUGGACAGUGUGAGUCUGGGCGGUUUCAGCCAUGCCAUGUUCUGCUCCCUCCCAGACGGUUACAUUUCUCCUUAGUCCCUCUAGAAAAUAUGGCCACAGCAGGGCCUUCUUGGCCUCCACUCCAGCAAAAACUUAAAAUGGGUCUGCCAACCUGGCAAAGGGAAAGCCAAAACUUAACCAUGAGAAGCAAAACAAGCCUCCAGGCCACCUGGGGAUGGCAACUGGUGGCGGUG